AUUUUUUGUGUUUUUUUGCAACAAGUUUGUUUCACAUUUGAAACAAAAAUAGCCUUUGCACAUAUAAACCAUUAUUAAUCAAGCAUUUAUCGGAUACCACAUCUAUAGAGCAGUGUGGUAGGUGUUGUGAGGGGCACAGAAGGAGCGGUGCUAAGAUAUUCCCUCAAGGAAUUACAGUAUGAUUCGGAAGAUAAAGGAUAUACUGGAAAACCAAAGGACUAUUAAAAAGGAAUGGAUAAAUACAUGCAAGGUAAACUGCAUAUGUGUAUUAUGGGAGCAUGGUAUAAUAGAGUGAUGAGUGUAAUUGGACUAAGGAAGACUAAUUGGAAGUUAAAUUUAAACUUUUUCUUAAAGUAGUUUGUUAAAGUAUGUGAUUAUGUUUGAGAAUGGAAGAAUUGUGAUAUUAUGCAGAGUGGGAAGAAAAGGACAGAAGAAACAAAUUAUAUGAACCAAACUGUCAUGAUUUGACAAUUAGAAUUGAUAAAUUCGGAGUUAGAGAUGCCAUGUUGGAAAGUAGGUGGAGAUGAAACCAGAAGAUUAGUAAAUAAGGAAGGUGGUUUGGUUUAGAGACAGGAAGAGGAAGAUGUUUUUGUGGGGUAUUUGAUAUAAGGAAGGGCUGCUGUUAGUUCUUGAUCAGUCAACUAGCAGAUUUUUACUUGCCAAGACCAAUCACAUACAAGGCAUUGUGCCAGGUAUUGAGCAGUGUGGCAACUCAGUGAAAAUAGUGGGUUCUGUGGAGGAUAAAAUAUCAUACAGAAAUUCAUAAAGCAGGCAGACUGAAUGGGAGCCUGUUCUAUAAAUCAAGACAAUGGUGGACUGAGAAUGUUAAGUCCAAUAAUAAAUUUGGAAAUGGGGCUUCGACUAGAGUAAUAGACAUCAGUACUAAAAUAGGCAGGAAAUUAUACAGAAAGGUCCUAUUAGAUACCACAUUGUGAUAGGCCAACUUAAUCUCUUCAAGGCAGAUUUUUUUUCCCUUUAUUGAAGGUCUUCUGUCAUAUCACCAAGUCAGGAAUUCCUCAAUAAUAAUCAUCUUUGAUAACUACCACUGUUGAGUAUUUACUGUGUCCCAGGCACUGUGUCAGGCUCUUUGUAUGCAGUACUUACUUUAAUCUUCAAAACAACCUUGUGAGUCAGGAUUUGCAUGAAGAUGUCGAAGAAGCUGGUGCACUGCAGAAAAAUCAUGCUCUUGUGACAUCUGCAAACUCCACAGAAGCUGCAGAUUCUGCCUUCCUGCCUACGGAGGAUGAGUCAUUAAGCACUAUGAGCUGUGAAAUGCUCACAGAACAAACUCCAAGCCGUGGUCCAGAGAAUGCGCUAGAAGUAAAUGGUGCUGAAGUGACAGGGGAAAAAGAAAACCAUUGUGAUGAUAAAACUUGUGUGCCAUCAACUUCAGCAGAAGACAUGAGUGAAAAUGUGCCUAUAGCAGAAGAUACCACAGAGCAACCAAAGAAAAACAGAAUUACUUACUCGCAAAUUAUUAAAGAAGGCAGGAGAUUUAAUAUCGAUUUAGUAUCAAAGCUGCUGUAUUCUCGAGGAUUACUAAUUGAUCUUCUAAUCAAAUCUAAUGUUAGUCGAUAUGCAGAGUUUAAAAAUAUUACCAGGAUUCUUGCAUUUCGAGAAGGACGAGUGGAACAGGUUCCGUGUUCCAGAGCAGAUGUCUUUAAUAGCAAACAACUUACUAUGGUAGAAAAGCGAAUGCUAAUGAAAUUUCUUACAUUUUGUAUGGAAUAUGAGAAAUAUCCUGAUGAAUAUAAAGGAUAUGAAGAGAUUACAUUUUAUGAAUAUUUAAAGACUCAAAAAUUAACCCCCAACCUCCAAUAUAUUGUCCUGCAUUCAAUUGCAAUGACAUCAGGGACAGCCAGCAGUACCAUAGAUGGUCUCAAAGCUACCAAAAACUUCCUUCACUGUCUUGGGCGGUAUGGCAACACUCCGUUUUUGUUUCCUUUAUAUGGGCAAGGAGAACUCCCCCAGUGUUUCUGCAGGAUGUGUGCUGUGUUUGGUGGAAUUUAUUGUCUUCGCCAUUCAGUACAGUGCCUUGUAGUGGACAAAGAAUCCAGAAAAUGUAAAGCAAUUAUAGAUCAGUUUGGUCAGAGAAUAAUCUCUGAGCAUUUCCUCGUGGAGGACAGUUACUUUUCUGAGAACAUGUGCUCACGUGUGCAAUACAGGCAGAUCUCCAGGGCAGUGCUGAUUACAGAUAGAUCUGUCCUAAAAACAGAUUCAGAUCAACAGAUUUCCAUUUUGACAGUGCCAGCAGAGGAACCAGGGACUUUUGCUGUUCGGGUCAUUGAGUUAUGUUCUUCAACGAUGACAUGCAUGAAAGGCACCUAUUUGGUUCAUUUGACUUGCACAUCUUCUAAAACAGCAAGAGAAGAUUUAGAACCAGUUGUGCAGAAAUUGUUUAUUCCAUAUACUGAAAUGGAGAUAGAAAAUGAACAAGUAGAAAAGCCAAGAAUUCUGUGGGCUCUUUACUUCAAUAUGAGAGAUUCGUCAGAUAUCAGCAGGAGCUGUUAUAAUGAUUUACCAUCCAACGUUUAUGUCUGCUCUGGCCCAGAUUGUGGUUUAGGAAAUGAUAAUGCAGUCAAACAGGCUGAAACACUUUUCCAGGAAAUCUGCCCCAAUGAAGAUUUCUGUCCCCCUCCACCAAAUCCUGAAGACAUUGUCCUUGAUGGAGACAGUUUACAGCCAGAGGCUUCAGAAUCCAGUGCCAUACCAGAGGCUAACUCAGAGACUUUCAAGGAAAGCACAAACCUUGGAAACCUAGAGGAGUCCUCUGAAUAAUGGAUAUACACCAAACUGGAUACCCAACUUUGGAAAUUUCGACUGGUCUCAGAGUCUACUUGAUAGAAGGACUGUUUGAAAAAUGUUAGAAAGCAGCAGCAAUUAUAAGGCAAAAUAGAUAAUAGAAAUCCAAAAGGGGAUUUUCCUUACAGAGGACAUUCCAAGAACACACAACACUUAUAAAGCACAUUGACUUGCUCAUGUUAAAUACCAAACUUGCGUGACUAGCAGAUGAAAAUUAUAAAACAAUUGAUUCUCAGGAAUGUAACUGUGGAUAUGAAAGUGAUCCUAUGCAUUGUUAAUAAUUCCAUGGUCUUAGGACAAUUUUGCUUACUACUUUGGAUCUUUGUUUGAAAGCCACAUUUUCAGAACCAGGUCACGUAUUUUCUUUGGUUAUUUGAAUUAUAUUUUCUUUAUGGACAAGAACAUCAUAACAUAAUGAUAAAAACAUAUAGAAAAACUAAAGUAUCAUGAUCUAGAUAGAAGCCUGUAUUUGGAAUACAGGUUUGUUUUGCUUUCUAUGUUGAGAAGCAUGGAAAAUGCUAAUAUGAAGGUGUUUAGACAUUUUUACGAACAAGUCAGUAAUGUUUUUUAGUAUCAGUGGUGAUAAUUUGUUUGUAAAUUAUUUACAUAUUGGGAGAGGUCAGUAAUGAAGAAAUGAAAGAAUGGAAGGAAAGGUGUGGAUAGGCUCAUUGGUAUUUGGAUGUUCUGUCUGUCAAGUAACUAGAGUAUUAGGCUAAUUGUCUACAGACCUAAUUUAAUCCUGGCUGUCCUACUGAUGACAUUUGGUAAAUUGUUUAACUUCUGAGCCUACGUUUCUCCAUAUAUAAAGUGGAAAUAGUAUUACUAUGCCUACUAUAUGAGAAUGGUUAUGAAGACAAAUGCAAUGCCAUGUUUAGAAUGGGUUUGCCAGAAGAAAAUUGUUUUAGAAUUUUCCCAUUGACUUGAUGAAUCUCAAAAGUCUCACGCAGGAAAUAAUUGCUUGCUGUCAGUCAACUUCCAAACAAAAUAGAUCACAGCGUUUUUAUUGCAUUAAGCUUUUUAAAUGAAAAUUUCUUUUUUAAAGUAGUAUUUUAUAGUCUUACAGACCAGUAAAAGUAGUAACAAGUAGAAUUGUGGUUUUGAAAUAUUACUAAGGAAAACACUCUAUAAAUUGUUUUAUUCCUUUUCUGGUAGGUAAACCUGCAACCACCAAGGACUCCGAAUUGUGUAUGACAGUUGGUAAGCCCUAGUAUAUACUCUACAUAAAAACAUUAGGGUUGCCUGUAAUCCCAGCACUUUGGGAGGCUGAGGUGGGUAGAUCGCUUGAGGUCAGGAGUUCGAGACCAGCCUGGCCAACAUGGCAAAACCCUGUCUCUACUAAAAAUACAAAAUUUUAGCUGGGUGUUAGGGUGGGCACCUGUAAUCCCAGCUACUUUGGAGGCUGAAGUAGCAGACUCACUUGAACCAGGGAGGCGGAGGUUGCAGUGAGCCAAGAUUUUGCCACUGCACUCCAGCCUGGGUGACAGAGCAAGACUCUGUCUAAAAAAAAAAAAAAAAGUUAGGGCUGUACAUAGGCAGCAAACCAAGCUGCUGCGACGUUGCCUAUAUUUAAAUUUUCUCAAAUGGCCAAGCUCUGAUGGUCUACUUUAUUUGAGCAAUAGUUUAGACUUAUAAUUGCCUAUAAAUAAACAAAUGAACUCUGUUUUUUUGUUUUUUUUUUUUUCACAACAUCUGGCUUAUAUUGUCUGUCAGGAAGCCAUGGCUCCAAUGUAAAGUACAUAGUUUUUACAUACUUCAACUGCAGCUGGUCCCUGACCUCACCAGGUUUCAGAGAUGUUCUUAAAGGAAGCCAGCUGUGGCAGGUCACAGAUUCAUGGGAAAUGGAAAGAACCAAGGAAUGUAGCUCUUGCCUCACCUUUCUACCCACUGCAGAUACAGUUCAAGCCAGAAUAAUGGAAGAACUUAACUUUCUAGCCUCUCAGGCUGCUCCUAUCCCUACCUCCCAAUGUACAGCCCCUCCCCAUCUCUUUAGUCCCCUUUCUCUCGCUUUCCCUUUUAUAGUGUCACAUAAAUCAGGGACAGUAGGAUCACAUUAUAACCUACUUUGUCACAGGGAUUCGAUUUUUCUUACAUCAAAUCAUGUUUCCUGAAACCCAGCUGGGGCGUAUGCACUCAAUGUCUAAUACGUACCUAUUAAUGUACCAGGUAUUGGCCUUGCCCCUGGAUAUCAGCAAUAUAUUAUAAAAGGUUCCAGUAGAUGAGACGAUUGAGUCUGAAUACAAUUGCACUAAAUUGUGCCAAUGAAGAUAUUGUACUGUUACGGUCUUAGAGUUAAGGCUGCUUGAAUGCAGCAUGCACAUUCAUGUAAACAGACAAUCAGGGUAGGCCUAGAAUAACCACAAAAAUGUUUAAAAGUUCCUGAACAUGAUUCGUGAUGAUUAAAAUAUCAUAUAACUGAUAAAAGACUUUAAGAACUUUAGAUAUUUCCUGUUGCCUCAAAAUGUAACAGAAAUUAUUCUUAGAGCUUUCUUUUUAGCUAUCCUAAUUACUGCAAAUAAAUAUUUGUUCUUAUAGUUUUAAAUCAAAAAGAAAAAUCUUUUGUUAUAAAACCUUAAGCUUGAAGUCAUAUUAAUAAAAUUAAUAUGUUGUACAUAGUGGAAAAUUUUCAGUAACUAAAAUUUCAAAAAAUGCUAUUAAAGAAUUUUGAUUCAUGUAUUUAAACUACUUAGUUAUGCAUGCUUCUUAUUAACCAAAAGUGAUAAUACCAUUCAGUUUAGUGAUCAGUAUGAGAACCAAUACCUAAUCCUAUGUUGCUAUUGUAUUUUUUCCUAGUUGGUGUGCCUGCUCAGAAAAACAUAUAGUGUAUGUGUAUACAUACCUGUGUAUAUAUAAAAGGUCAAUUUAUAUAUUUUUCUAUAGGAAAAUGGAGUAACAAGUUCCCUAUCUCCCAUAAUAUUUAUUCGUCCAUAGUAAAAUGGCCACAUUGAUGAUAAUUUCUAGAACUAGUUUCUGAGAUUGUCAGCCCUUUGUCUAAAAUAAUGGCAGUAUUAAUGAUUGACUUCUGUCACUGCCAUAGUUACCUGGAUUGGCAGCCUUGGUAGCCUUUGUCUAAAGUCCUAAAGAGUUCCAAAAAAAAUGUGUUGAAAUUUAAUUGCUAAAUAGUGGUUGGUGAUUCUUAUACAGUAGGAAUUGUAAUAAUUUUCUUGCAAAUAAGUUAUUUACUGCUAUUGAUAUUGAAUAAUUUGUCUUUUACUCAGAUGUAUUUCAAAAAGCAUGAAUAUAUGAUUAUUCAUAAAUUGUACACUUUAACAGUAAGUUUUCAGAGGAAAUAAAGACUUUUAAAUCCUUUUCA